AUGGCUACUCUUGAAUGCAAAAGGAAACAACAAGCGAAAGAAGACACCAAUCAAGGUGAAGAUGCUGGUACAUCUGAACAGAAUGGCGAAUCAGAUCUCACAACGAAUCACGAAGAGUUGGUCCUCCUAGCAAGCGAGCCUUUGGAUCCUACUGAGCUGGAUCAUAUAUUUGGCAGCUCUCCGGAGUAUUCCCAGCAAGCAAAUUUAGCUGCGCCUGAACCAUCCAACAGUGAAAUUCUUCAGCAAGACUGGAGUCUACAACAAGAAGCUAUGUCUGACGAUGUUAGCAAGGUCUUUUCUUCUUUGAAUUCUUUAAAAUCUGUUUGUUUACGAACACUGGAUUCAUUAUUACGACACAUCUUAUCCACUUCGCCAGUCAACCACAGAGACAGUUUUUCACCACGAAGAUUAUCUGAUCCAUCCAUAUCUUGUGCAGAAAACAGUACUGAUGUGCAGAAUAACGCCAGUCUUCUCGGGUCAAUCGUGCGUUGCACUGAGCGUAUCACUUUACCUAUUGGCUCGAGGUAUCUGAGGCGAUGUGAAUCUAGCCCAGCUUUAGUCACUUUACGCGAUGUGGCUAAUAGAUUGGAUUCUUGCCAUCAACAACGCAACGACUUGAACAACGCUGAUUAUCAGUUUGCAUGUGCUUUAGCUGCACUAUUAAGCAACGUUUACAAAAUUUUGGAAGAAGAUAAUCAAUCCACUACUGAUAUAAGUGAUAUUCAAGACCGCGACUCGAUGCUAGACAGCCUCAGAACUGAAAUGAUAGCCAUUCGCAAGGAGCAUGCACCACCAAGAACUACCACAAACGAGCAGGCAUCUCUAUGGGAAGAACUUGAUAAAUUGAUGGAUGUUGUUGCUGCUUUGGCCGUUGAAAGACCACCGCAAUACGAUGAAGCCGUGCGGGAGACAGAGUCCAGUCAUUUUGAUAGCCACGAAGAGUCAGAAAAAUCUCACUUAGACUUUACGACUCCAUCUGACAAGUUACCACCUUACAACGAACAAGAAGACAUUGCAGCUGAGACUAGUAGCAUUACCAACGACGAGAAGGCGAGAAAAGAUCUGGACAGUUUACUGAACAUAAUGGAACGCGUUUCCAGCUUGGCGCCAAGACUAAACAAUCAGAGAGUAGAAUUAACGGAAAAGCAAGCCAGAGAAAUGGCAGCUCUUGCUAUUGGAAAGGCAAUUGAACGCGUGUCUGGCCGACGUCUCAACGAACAACGAGCAAGUCUAAGAGAGGCAGAAGACUCUUAUGCAUUAAAAAAUCUAAUGCAGCAAAUCUCCCAAUCAGCCGAGAGAAGCUUUGUGAAUCAAAGAGCUGAACUCAAUCCUUCCAGCACAGCGAACAAAAAAUUAGCUAAAACCCCAGAGACACCUGAAACUGAAUAUGAACUAUUGAACGAACUUUCGAACUUUGUUGACAAAGUCACUAAACUCUCCUUCAACUCACGGCUCAAUAAGCAACGGUACCAAUUAUCUAGCGCACAAGAACGAGCUGUAUUUAUUAACAGCAUAGUCAAGAAGGUGGACAGACUCCAGACCUUCAGACUUCAAAAUCAAGAUGCUGCACCUCCGCAGAAGAUACUAUCAGAACAAGAAGCUACCCAAGAAAUGUUAGUUAUCUUGGAACGGGUUCAAUCAAGCAGAAAACAGUUUGAUAACCAAAGAGCAACCCUUAAAACCUACAACAUAUGA